UAGAGAAACUCUGGAGCAUAUUUCAUGAGACGAUGCAAGACAAUUCAAAUGCUGUUCCUCUGUUUGAUGAUGAGAAUGCGAGAAAGUCAUGAGCGGCCCACGCCGAAAAAUCUGCUGGAACAAAUGCUGCCUGCUGACACCUUUGACGUUAUCCGGAGAAUACCUCGCUCCGAUGAACCCGGUCCGGAUGCCAAAGGGGACCUGAAGCUGUUGCAUGCUCCCUGCGAGUUUGACUUGAUAAGAUACACAUCGAUUAACCACUAUCCCAUUUAUUGCCUGCCCGUCUACACAAAUCGGCACGUGAACGAGGACUGGUAUCGACUUUAUAGGACCUACGACACCGAGGGAUUUGUUUUCGGGCAGUUUUACGAGCGUCUCCAGCGGUACGAGUUGGACUGAAUUAAUGCCCUUUUUCAGAAAGAAUAAGAUUUAGACAAAAUCUGUGAUAUCGAUACUGUGGUAGCGUUGCAGAGAUCCCAAUCGCGUGUGUGGCGAAGGACGCAGACAGAUAACACAUUCCUCCGUGCUGAAAAUCAAUUAUAAUUAGUCGUGGGAAACAACUAAAAGAAUAUAAAAAUGGCCCGUUGGUUUAUAAAAAAUAUAAUACUUUAAUCUG